UACAUGAAACCCAUCAAACAAAUAAAACCCUCAUUUCCAUUUCCCUCCACAUCUCUCCAAACUCAUCAAAGUUUUAAUUUCCUGGGUAUAUUUUUUCAUCAAGAAGAAAAUGGUGGACUUUGAUUAUGAUCAACUUGUGAAGGCAACAGAAAGCUUCUCUGCAACUAAGCUCAUUGGCAAAGGAAGCCAUGGCAUGGUGUACAAAGCCAUACUAGUCAACAAAUUGGUUGCCAUAAAGAAGCCACUUGAUCAAUAUCAUGCCCAUCAAGUAUCUCUCCUUAAGCUCGACAAUGAGAUAUGUGUAUUGUCUUCUCUACCCGAAAACCCACAUGUUAUAAGUCUUCUUGGAACAAGUCAUCAGGACUCAAACAAGAACAAGCUCCUUGUCAUGGAGUUCAUGCCCAAUGGCUCUCUCCAUGACCUACUUCAUGUUGCAUCCACACCCCCUCCGUGGCCUAAACGUGUGGAAAUCGCCAUUCGCGUUGCCCGGGCGGUCCAAUUUCUUCACCAAGGGGAACCUAUGGUGAUCCACAGAGACGUCAAGUCGGCAAACAUUUUGUUCGAUUCAGAUUGGAAUGCCAAGUUGGCGGACUUUGGACUUGCCGUGCUCUUGCGAGUCGACUCGCCGAGUCACGCGAGUCAACCCGCUGCAGGUACUAUUGGAUACUUGGACCCUUGUUACACCACUCCUAGCAAACUAAGUACCAAGAAUGAUGUGUUUAGUUUUGGCGUUGUGUUGUUGGAGAUUAUAAGUUCAAGGAAAGUCAUUGACAUCUACAAAUCACCAGCUUCAAUAGUGGAUUGGGCAAUUCCAUUAAUCAAAGAGCAAAGAAUAGAACAAAUUUGUGAUGCAAGGCUAGGGUUGCCCACGUACAUGUCAAGCACAGUAAGGCACAUGUUAAAUUUGGCAGCAAGCUGUGUCUCAUCAGAUGUAGCAUGUCGUCCAACAAUGACGGACGUUGUUAAGGAGAUCGAAAAUUGUUUCAUCGAACGAGUUAGGUUACCGAUUUGGAGUAACAUGCUGAGGAGUUUGGUGCCCACGAGGAUGAAAAAAUUAGCAAAAAGUUUGCAGCAGGCAAAGUGUGCAACAGAACAAAGUGAUGCUGAGGUUCCAAGUGGGAAGCUAUUGUUGUGGCAGGUUUUGGAUGAUGCUGCAGAUAUUGGCUGAGUUAACUCACUAGGACUCAGUUGAGUCAGCAACUCGGCCUGGUCAAUCAAUAUAUAUAUAUAUAGGAAAACCUGCAGGGCUGCAUUCCAAAGUCCAAAUAGAAGAUUCCGAGAAAUUAGGUGGGCAGAGAAUAUUACAAAGAUUUUGUUUGAUUGGGUGUCAUUCGGUGCUGAUGCUUAUUCUCUGUUUUUCAGUUAAUUUAUUUCCCAUUAUAUAUGGGGUUGUUGAUGCU